AUGACUCAGUCUGUUUGCUCACCAAGCCAACCGGGGAAGGUCCCUAGUCCACCAAGCCAACCGGGGAAGGUCCCUAGUCCACCAAGCCAACCGGGGAAGGUCCCUAGUCCACCAAGCCAACCGGGGAAGGUCCCUAGUCCACCAAGCCAAACGGGGAAGGUCCCUAGUCCACCAAGCCAAACGGGGAAGGUCCCUAGUCCACCAAGCCAACCGGGGAAGGUCCCUAGUCCACCAAGCCAACCGGGGAAAGUCCCUAGUCCACCAAGCCAAACGGGGAAGGUCCCUAGUCCACCAAGCCAACCGGGGAAGGUCCCUAGUCCACCAAGCCAACCGGGGAAGGUCCCUAGUCCACCAAGCCAAACGGGGAAGGUCCCUAGUCCACCAAGCCAAACGGGGAAGGUCCCUAGUCCACCAAGCCAACCGGGGAAGGUCCCUAGUCCACCAAGCCAACCGGGGAAAGUCCCUAGUCCACCAAGCCAAACGGGGAAGGUCCCUAGUCCACCAAGCCAAACGGGGAAGGUCCCUAGUCCACCAAGCCAACCGGGGAAGGUCCCUAGUCCACCAAGCCAACCGGGGAAGGUCCCUAGUCCACCAAGCCAACCGGGGAAGGUCCCUAGUCCACCAAGCCAACCGGGGAAGGUCCCUAGUCCACCAAGCCAACCGGGGAAGGUCCCUAGUCCACUAAGCCAAACGGGGAAAGUCCCUAGUCCACCAAGCCAACCGGGGAAGGUCCCUAGUCCACCAAGCCAACCGGGGAAGGUCCCUAGUCCACCAAGCCAACCGGGGAAGGUCCCUAGUCCACCAAGCCAACCGGGGAAGGUCCCUAGUCCACCAAGCCAACCGGGGAAGGUCCCUAGUCCACUAAGCCAAACGGGGAACGUGUGUGUUUUCCCUCUUCCUGAGGGAAGCCCCAACUGGCUUCCCUCAGGAUAUUACUGA